AUGAGGUGUCCGCAUGUGACAAUAUCAAAUAACAACGCGCGCCUGAGCAGAUCGGCGGUACAGCGCUUCAUCACAUGGGCGACACUCAGGGGAAGCACGGAGCAGCCAACACAGAAACUAUCACUGGCAGAGACCCUUCGGAAGGGCCGCACGGUCAGUGUCAUGGGCAACAACCGCGACAACUCACACACCCGCGACAAUCUACUACGAACACACGACGCCGACACAGACGCCAACAAGACCGACAAGGAGCGCAGGUGGAGUCCGCUGACGGGACAGUCUAAGACCGACAUGGCCAAACAACGCACGCGCAAGGUGCUGAACCGGCUCAGCAACCACGGGACCAGCAACAAGGACAGCCACACGGAGGAGGGGGGUGGUGUGGGGGGUAGUGUGAAGGAUGCAGACGCGUCCUUUGGGCUGCACAAGAAUAGUGUGCUGGCCAAAAGUGCGCGCACGCCCGUGUUGGAUCAGAGCCUCACGGCGGCGUAUCAGCGGCAGAAGAGUAUGAGUCAUCUGGAGAAGAUGCGGGGCAGGUUUACCAAGAGCAAGAGCGCUGUAGACAUCAAGCAAGCGCUGUCCAGCAACUCACUACACGUGGACAGAGAUGCGGAGGGGGUGUCCAUUAUCAACCGAAAGUCUCUGCGCGCCAUGGGCCGCAGGUGGAAGUCUCCCCCAGCGCGUAGGGCCGAACCCACAUCUGAGCAAGCCAUCGCGGACGCGAGCAAAGACUCUCGGCUGGGCAUAGUACUGUUGGAAGAGGAUAACUUGGCGUCGGAUAUGGACAUAGCUUACCUCAACACCCAUGAGAGUCUGACCAGACAACCCGAGCACCCGCACACGCCCCGACCGGUCAAUAACAACAGCAAGUACCAACCCCAACCACCCCACAGCGACCGAGACCUGGGGGCUGAGGUGAGCGCGUACAGGCGUAAGAGCAGCAGCAAGACAAAGGACAAGGACAAAGACAAAGCUAAGCUCAGGCAGUCGUUCCGACUCACCCGGACGAAAACCAGCGAUUCCGCACACCGGCGAUCUAGUUCUGAGGGGGAGAUGAUGUCACUCAAAGACUUCUUCCAGCCCAAACGGUCAACCACCCCCGGUGCAACCACUACCAGCACGGGCGCAAACUCGAGUCUCAAAGCAACCAACACAUACACACACACCUACGACACGCAAUUCAACCCUGCAUGCCGCAGCAUACAACGCUCCCACACAGCAGAGGCCCAGAGCCCCGCGAGCACACCCACCCACCCACGCAAAGUCAAGCGCAGCGGAAGUUCACUCCACCUCUUCUCGCGCGCACACACCGCCGGCGACAAGUCCAAGUCUCCGCAGUCCUAUAAGUCUCCGCGUUCACCAACGGCCAGCAGUCCCUUGUCCGCGUGCGAUAUGCGGCCCGGAAUACCGCGCAGCCUCACGCCGGAUUCGCUGUCCGCGGCGACGCGCGACGCCUUUGAUCCGUUCGCGUUGUCGUUCAAGUACCCGCACGCACAUCAGCUCAGCAACAGCAGCAGCACAGUGCACACGACCACCAAACAUGCAGGUCACCCCGAUACAGAGGCACAGCAAGCCAUGCGCAGACGCACUCACUCGGCCCAGUUGGCGGCCAGUAGAACCACCUCCGCACCUCAGGGCCAACUCAGCUACGUUAAUGUGGGGACCCUGGGGAUAUGCGCCGAGGGUAUUGGGACGGAGAGUGAGGAGAGUGUGGCCACCAACUUCGACCAUAGCACGGAUGAUCUGAGCUUCACCAAGGCUCGCCCGCGCAGGAGGGCUGUGAUCUCUGCGGAAGGUUUGGACGCACUUAUAGGCUCGUAUAGGGACACCGUGGCCCGGGGGGUGGCGGAAAAUACGGCGGAGGACAGGGCCAGGUAUCACCAUGGCAACCACGGGGCCGGUGCGCCUGUGAGAAAGUACGGACGGGCGAAUGUGCUGGAGCAUGCACAUACGCAUUCGCCACAUACACAUUCACACGCACACGCGCGUACCGAGGACUUGGUGGGGGUCAAUGAGAUUGAGGAGGUGGAUACGAGCGACUCGGAGACCGAGAUAUGGUACAGUACCACCGAAGGGCAGCCAUUCUGA